AGCACACCGUUAACUGUAAACUAUCGGGGAGAACCUUAGUACGCGUACAAUAAAAACACGUCACUUCCGCUUCUUAGUUAAUCAAAAUAAUCAUGGCGACUUCUGCACAGGUCGGAAGGUUGUUGGGUCUUUCGGCAAGAUUUUUGCGACCACUGGCUAGCAGUGGCUGUCGGAGCAGAAUACUCUGCUGGCCCUCACAAGCCAGAGCCUCCAACAGAUGGCCUCAAAACCUUGUCUGGGUGGUUCCUGGUAGGACCAUGUUUGUGCAGACACAGGACACACCAAAUCCAAACAGUCUGAAGUUUCUGCCUGGGCGGAUCAUUUUAGAGGAGGGGACUAUGAAUUUUGCUGGCCCUCGUGAUGCCUUCUGCUCACCUUUAGCCAGGCAGUUGUUUAGGAUCGAUGGAGUCAAGAGUGUCUUUCUGGGCCCUGAUUUUAUCACCAUCACAAAGUCUGAUGAAACUAUGGAAUGGAAAGUAAUUAAACCAGAUGUAUAUGCCGCCAUUAUGGACUUCUUCACUUCUGGGCUUCCAGUUGUGAAUGAAGGCAGCAAGCCAAGCGCAGAUACAGCACCAUCAGAGGAUGAUGAUGAAGUAGUUGCUAUGAUCAAAGAGCUGCUGGACACUCGAAUAAGGCCAACAGUGCAGGAGGACGGAGGUGACAUUGUGUAUCGGGGGUUUGAAGAUGGCAUUGUUAAGCUGAAGCUGCAGGGCGCCUGCACCAGUUGUCCCAGUUCCAUCGUUACUCUGAAGAAUGGAAUCCAGAACAUGCUGCAGUUUUACAUACCUGAAGUUGAAGCAGUGGAAGAGGUAAAGGAAGAUGAGGACGAGGAGGUUGUUCAAGUUUGAACUACUGAAACCAGAGCCAAUCAGUACACGUUGUUCUCUGCCCAACACACCUUCCACCAAAAGCUAUAGAUGCAAAAAAAAAAAAAAAACUUAAUAUUCAUCCAAAUAUUUUCCUUUCUUUUUAUAGUUCUGGCCAGUGGAAUGGCAGUAUUGAAAGAAAAUGUUUGAUGCAAUUCAUAGAAACCGAUUGUACAGCUGAAAUAAUUUGUAUUUAUUCUUUCAUAGUGUUACACGAUUCCUGAAUCAGACUGCAGUCAACGCUGCCUGUAGGCUGAAAAUUCAUAUUGGAUACUUUAUCUUUACAGAAUAUGUACUAUAUCUAUAUAAAUAAACAUUGUUAUAGUAUGUUA